AUGACACAACUAUUCGGUUCGGUCGAGUCUGCCGGUCGUAUCCAAGGAGCCGAAUCUCGACCAUUUCUUCCAUUAAUCAUCACACAAAAUCAUUUCCAAUCAUCAAAGAAUAUUCAUCAUGAUAUUUCUUCUUCAUCAUCAUCAUCGUCGUCAACAUUGAAUGCAUUUCCACAACAACACGCUCGCAGUCCUUUGAGACCAUCCACACACUCCACAACAACCACAACCACAACUACAACAACCACUCAUUCAGAACAAGCUUCCACCAUUUCCUUUUCCAUUCCUUCCUCUCUCACUCUCUAUUCCAACACUCCAUUGCAAAUUCCAAUUCUUCUUCAAAGUACUUCCCAUUCGAAUACAAAAUUUGAAUAUUCAUGGAAAAUUACAUGUUGUUAUGACGGCAACAUGAUGAAAACAACCGGCAACAUGAUGAAAACAACCGGCAACAUGAUGAAAACUCUCGUAUCCGAUCAAGUCCUUGUACUAAAAAGUGGUUCUUCUUCAUUCAUUGCCUUGACAGAAUAUGAUUCGGAAGUGAUUGGAAAUUUCACACAAUUUCAUCGACGAAAUCAAAGAACGAGUACUGACUCUUUGUUGAUCCAAACCACAAAUUCUAAUAGUAGUAGUAUUGGAUUUUUAAUACAUUUAGAUAUUACUGGAAGAGGUGAUUUUAAUGUCAUUAAUUAUCAAUUAUCAAAAACCAUUGAUGUGAAUUUUCAAUUAUUAGGAGCUCAUGCAAGUAUUAAAGGAGAAAAUCAGGAAAUUAUCAUUCGAGAAGGAUCCAAUACUAAUGUUACAGUGACUCCAAUUUUACAAAAUUAUGAUCGAUUAUUGAAGAAUAUUGAAAAGAAUUUCAUACAAUGUCAAUGGACUUGUCAAUACAUGACCACAAAUUCUCAAAUCUCUUCGUACAAGAAUUGUUCAAAUUUUACAUCAUUUAACACAUUUUCAAAUUCGAAUUGUCAACCCAUCUCUUUAUCAGCAGACAAGAUUGAAGAAGGAAUUUUAACGAAUAUUGAUCAUUUUCUCAUUGGAAUUACAUAUCGAUAUAAGAAUUUGUAUUAUAUUGAAUCAGAACAGUACAAAAUCACUCUAAUUCCACUCGCCUUCAAUGACAGCAGUCCUACAUUACUCAGUUUAGAAAGUAAUAUCGACAUGUUACAAUAUCAUCCUCCAAACACACCUGCCGUUCUCUAUCCAGUAUUCACACAACUCGUUUACAACAUUUCACAAAUCAAGACAUUAAUUUUCUCUUGGGAAAAUGAACAAACUGGAGAAUUUUAUCCAUUUCGAAAUUUAACACUCUCUUCAUUGCAACCCAAUACUUUAUAUUCCAUGAAAUGUAGGGUUGGUUAUGUUGGAAAACCUGCGCUACAAAGUACCAUGAGAUUCACGUUCAGAACUUCAAAUAGUAUUUCAAAACCAAAUUUUAAUAUUUUAACGUAUGCUACUGUAGAAGCGUUCACGACACGAGUUCAAGUGAGUGGAAAUUUAGGCAAUUCGAGUCGAAGCACCAAUGAAACUCUCUGUUUCACACAAGUACUUGCUGAAACUGCCACGUAUGGAAAUGUGAGUUUGACCAAUGGUGGAUUUUUGUGUCUUGCUUCGAGUACGGAUUCCAUAUUAACCUUACGAUUGCCAUUGAGAAGAGUGACCUCGUAUGACACGAUCAAGUUAUAUUUUAUGGUGACGGAUGGAAUUUCAACAGAAAUUGUGACUCUUACUUCACCUUCGAGUUAUUCAGUCAUAACCAAUGUGGUAGAAUAUGACAAGUUCUCACAACUGUUAUUGAAUGUUUUUAAUAGCCAAUCAAGUAGCACGUAUGAAAAUGACAAACCUUUGUUUCCAUCUCAAUUACUAGUUGCUGCGUACAUGAUGAAUGAUUUUUACACAUUUUACGGAGAUACCAUUGUAUUGUCAUCAUCGGAUUAUGCCAUUAUUGCUUCGACCUAUUCCACAUUAUUGACACAUUUGGGUUCUUAUUGCAAUCAACAAGAGGAUUCAUUUUCUGAAAAUGUGAAAUGUUUGCGAUUUUUUGGAGCCAUGUUCACUGCUUCAAAACUCACUUCCACCUUUUCUGAAUACUCUUCAUUGCAACACUACUCGACAACGAGUAGUUUCAUAUUUGGAGAAAUUCAGAAAUUUCUUUAUAAUCUUUCUGUGCGUUUUUAUGGAACUAUUUUAUCGGAUUACAUGUUGAAUGUCUAUUGGAAUCAAGUUGGAGAGAAAUAUACAGGAGUUUUCUUUGAAUAUAUUCAACAAGCGUAUCAAGCUAUUUCUCCAACGAUCGUAUCAGUCACUUUUUACAAUAAUUUGGUCGUGGAAAUGAAUAGCAGUACGAUUAGUGACAGCUCUUUCAAACUCUCUCAGUAUAUUAUUAAUAGUACGGACAAUUUAUCAACAUUUAGUACUUCCUUUUCAUUCAUGUCACGAGUGAAAUUGGAUUCUUUUAUGACUAGUACUAAAUUCUCACUUCAAGAUUCCAUUCAAGUUCAACUUCCAGAAUUGUCCAAUAUUUUGAAAUUCUACUCCAAUAGUGAUACAUUUAUCAUUUCUCUACAAAUUACUCCAUCUAACAAUAACACUGAUUCUCCUUUUGAAAAUGUGAAAGUGAGCUCCAAAAAGUUACAAUUUCAAAUCAUUGAUCCACAAACCAAUUCCAAAAUUCCACUCGUUAAUUUAACAAGUCCAAUUGUAUUGAAAUUACCAAUACUUUCAGGAGUGUUGACCGAUUUUAAUGCAACUUUAAAUGCAUCACGACCCAUAACGAAUUGUGUCUAUUUUGAUGACACUCGUUCGACUUGGUCCACAGAUGGAUGUCUAUUAGUGAACUCGACUUGGAGUGAUUUUUACUGUGCAUGUAAUCACACAACUUUAUUUUCAACUCUUUCCAAUGUAUCAGGAAAUUCAAAUUCUACCAUUCCACAACCUGAAAUGACCUUUUCUCUAAUUCCCUUAAUUGUCAUUGCCUCAGUCACGGGUGGUGUUAUUUUAUUGACACUUGGCGUUGCAACCAUCAUUCAAUGCAUUGUCCAUCUCUACAAAACAACCAAUUCAUUAGAAAGUGCUGAAUUUUUAUUACCAGGAGAAUUCAUUCCCAAAUUGCAACAAUUAUCUCCCGCGCGAAAUAUACAAGCUCCAAAAGAUGAUCCAUCAACGACGACACCUGUUGACAAAAUUCGAUAUCGAGAUUUAACAUUUGGAAAAAAGAUUUGGGAAUGCCUUAAAGAAUUUCAUCCCUUUAUUGGACUCAUCUUUCCAAAACGAUAUUUUAAAAGAAUUCACACCAAAAGAGUGGAUCGUUUGGUCAUUAUUAUGGUCAUUUUCAUAACCAUUAGUACGACCAAUGUGUUGUUACUUUCCACGAAUAAUGUGACUGCUCAAUGGUCCAUUUCCAUUCCAGCAGCAAUUGCUCUGGGCGUUGCUGAAUUGUGUCAAAUUCCAGUGGCAAUAUGUGUUUCUGUGAAACCCAUUUAUUGGAAAGUCACUGGAUAUGCCUACAGUUCGUUAUUGGCAUUUGCUUGUUUAAUUCUUUCAAUACUGGGAAGUGCUGGAGUUUUCACACGUCAGAAAUUGAAUAUGGAUAUUUUACAUUGGUUAUAUAAUACUUUAAUUGCAUUAGCUUGGGAUUUAAUUAUUGUGAAAAUUGUGUUUGCAGCAUGUAUGGCCUUUUUCUUGGAAAUUAAGAUAACCAUUGAGGUUGAAAUUGAAGAAUAUCGAAAGAAAAAGAUGCAACAACAAGAAACAACACCCAAUCAACCAUCCUCCGAUCAUCGUGUCAUGAUAACUGUUGAAAAUAAUGUCAAAAUUCCAAAACUCGCGUUGGCAGGUCAAGUCUCGAAAAAACCACAAAUUCCCAAACUUGAUUUUCAUGGAAAAAUUGCAGGAUAUACUUCUCCAAAAGAUCAUAUUAAUGAACUUUCUUCCAUGCAUGCAUCGAGUGGAAGAACCACUGCCACUACGAAUACGAGUGAAAUGUUAUCAGGUCAUUCAAAACAAACUCCAAAAUGGAUGGAUUCAAAUGUCAAUUCUACUGUCAUCCAUCCAAAUGAACAAACCGUAACAACCACAACAAUUACAACAAUUACAACAAAUACAAUGAUGGUAUCAGAAACAUCUAAAAAGAAUGAAAUUCCUCUUCAUGCAUUAAGCAUUCAUUUAACAAGUGAAGAACGAGACAUUUCUGAGAAAUUGAAUGAUUUAGAUCAACAAUUGUUAAAAGUCGUUCAUCAGGACUAUCAUUCAUCAGGACCUUUGAGUCAAUGUGAAAAUUUCACAACAACGACAACGACGACAUUGAAAACUGAAGAUUGUAAUACUCAAACAACAACGGAAGAUUUAUUAACGAGUCAUCAACACUAUCCAAUGACUCAUUCCGAUGAUUGUGACAUUCCAGUAAUGGUUCACACAGAAACAAUUUCUAAUGAAAUCAUACAAGAAGAACCUCUCCAAAAAGAACAAGUCGUCGUCAUGAGUGAAAUGAACCAUGAUGAUCAUCGUGUGAAAGAUAAAUCAACGACACAACGGAAUGAGGAAUCAACAAGUUGUGUGAACGAUUCCAUUCAACAUGUGGUGGACAAGGAAAUGAAUGCUUCAAUUCUCAUUGUGAAACAAUUAGAUGAAAAUCAUCAAGAAGAAGAAGAACAUCAUUCCUUACCAAAUGAUCAUAUGGAUGAUCAUGGUACUACUACUACUACUACUUUAUCAUCAACCAUGAUUCAUGAAAAUCCAAAUUUGGAAGAAUUGAAUAUUCAUGACAAGAAUCCUCACGACGAACUCAAUGAUCAUGAAAUGGAGGCUCAAGAAAAAGAACCUGUUCAAAACAACCAAUUAUUAUUAACAGAAAGUUCAACCAUUCAAGAAUCAUUCGUUCAUCAUCUUGAAACAUUCAUCCAAUCGUUUGAACAAGAAAUUCUCAAACACACUCGAGAUGCUUCACCACACGAGUGUUUUAUGGACCUCUUUCCUCAUGCCGUGACACAUGCCUCACAUUCAGAUGUGAAAAUUCAAUGGAAUAAUACAACAUGUGUGGAAAUAAUGGAAAAACAAGAAAUCAUUUCGAAUGAAACUUUUAACAAACAAGAGGACAAGCAGAAUGAAAUGAAAAUUCCAAAAGAAAAGUAUAAUAAGGAUAUUUUAGAGUACUUGAAUGAAAUUUUGAAUGAUCAUUUAUCAUUACAGGCUCCUACAUCCAAUUUCAAUGACAUCAUGUCAGAAAUUCCGUUUGAAAAGUUACAAGGAAAAACCAUUCAUGAAAUUUUAAUCUUGAUUUCAGAAUAUGAAUCAGAUUUGAUUCUUGGUAGUUUAGUACCUCCACCGUCUCUUGCCAUUUCCUCUUUGGUCAAAAAUACGUCCUUUACCAAAAAAGGUAUUGGUGUGACUUCUCCCCUUUCUCGCGUGAAUUCUCCAACUUCACCCAUUCGUAGCAAUUCCAAGAAUAUUUUGACCAGUAGUAGUACUAGCAGUAGUCAUCUCUCUGGAAGUAUGAACAGCAGCACUACUGCCAAAGUCAUUCGUGGAGGAGGAAUUAAUUUAAUUUCUUCUUCUUCUUCUUCUGGAUUGGAUCAUUCUGUAAAGAAUCAUGUGAAUACAAGUGGUGGAAAUUCAAUGACAAGUGCACCAACUGGAGGAUAUUCUCGAAGUCGAACCUCGAGUUUUUACAAACCUUAUGAAAUUGAGGAUUACAUGAUUCGAGCUCAUUCUGAAUUUUUCACUCGAUUUAGGAAAUUUAUCGAGACUCAUUCGUCAUCAUUGUUUUUAAUGAAUGCACAGCCGGGAAGUAAUCAUAUGAUUGAUGUGGAGGUGAAACGAAAAAAGGCACUGAACGAAUUGUUAUUUUUGCAAACUGUGUAUUUGCAUUUCAAAUUGGUCACGGUGACUACGGAAAUGAGAAAAUUAAUGGCAAAUCAAAUAAUUUCAAAAUUCUUGAGUGAUGAGCGUGGAGAAUAUUAUGUCAAUGUUGGAUUUUACAAACGUGUCUUGUCGUCCCUCACUGCAGAUGAAAAUUUGAAUGCGAAUAGUUUUGAGAGAGCGUGUGAAAUUGUUGAAAUUUCUUUAAAGCCACUAUUGGCUGCGUUCUUGAAUUAUUUGUGUGGCAACUUGGUACAAGAAAAAACAACGAAGGAACAUACACAAGCAACAACCACUGAUGCAGUGACAAAUUUGGAAUCCCAGAAUGAUCGUCAUUCCAACAGCAAGACAACGAAUUCUGAUGAGUCACAAAGCAUGUGGACUGUAUAG